AUGCCGACGCCGACGCCGACGCCGACGCCGACGCCGACGUGGUCCCGCUGCCGCUGCCGCGGCGUCGCCUCGUCGGCGUCGACGAGCGCGACGACUCCCGCUCGCGCGACUCUCGCUGUCGCGCGGCGUCGUCGCGGAGGACGGUCGUCGACGACGACGACGACGACCGCGGCGCUGCCGUCGAACGACGAGCUCGAGGCCGCGCAGCUCCUGAGCGUCGCGGGCACGGGGCUCCUCGUCGGCGGCUUCGCCGUCGUCCUCGGCCUGAAGGGCGAGCCGGAGCCGUGCCCGUCGUGCGCGCAGAGGGGGGGCGAGGACUGCAUCUUUUGCGACGCCACGGGAAGACGCGAGGCGCCGGUGAAGAUCACGAAGCGGGAUAUCAACGACGACAGCGUGUUAGGGCUGACGCGGAGGAACCCGUUCGAGUGCACCGCUUGCAAAGGCGCGGGGAUGAUCCUGUGCAAGACGUGCAAGGGGUCCGGCUUCGUGUGA